AUGGCGAGAAGGUCUUCGUCGCGGGGAGGGCAGGCCGGCGCCUUCCCCGCGGCUCUGUCCACAGACCAUCGCGGAAGCUUCCGCGCCGACGACGCCGAGCGCAAGGCGCACCACCCCUCCCUCCACAAGCUCCCCCGCGGCGCGCGCGUCGUUCUUUUAGCCGGCACCGUUAUAGUCACGCUCCUCGGUUUUGCCGCGUUCGCGCUCUCAGGGUCUUUCCGCCAAGCCCUGAUGAGUCAGCUCCGCCCAUCCUCCGCCAAUCCUUCCGCCGACCUUGCGCUUGAGGUCGAUUCCACAGCUGUUGCCCGCGGGGAUGCGCAGGUGGCGGAGGAGGGAGUCGGGGAGAUCCGCGCAGCGGAAGGGGAAUGGGUUACCGAGUUACGGAAGAAGCCGUCGUGGCGAGUCGUCAGUGGCUUCCAGGGCGUGCCAGCAACGCACCUCAUCGCGGACUCAAACUCCCUCGCCUGUGCCCUCGUGCCGCCAGAGUGGGCAGAUGUGACCUCCCCCGGGCGGCAAUUACCCAGGUACCGCCGGGCAGUGAUGUCACCGCACGACUCGUUCCUGGGGCACUUCUGGGAGCGCGUGGGCGUGCUGGCGGAGCUGCUCCUCGCCCUCCAUGAGUCCCUCUCCCUCCCCCCGCCCUCCCCUCCCCCCUCCCCCUCUCCCCCACCUCCUCGCCCUACUGGUGUGUGGGAGGAGGGAGGGGAGGGGGUGGAUGGGGAAGAGGGUAGUGGGGGUGGUGGCGCUGGUGUUGGGGAGAGCGGGGCGGCAAGCAGAGGGGAGGGAGAGGAGGAGGGGGGAGUGGGGGAAGGUGCAGAAGAGAGGGAUGGGGUUGCUGUGUCCAUCACUGCUUCUUCAACUGCUGGUGCUGGUGCUGCUGGUGCUACGGAUGCUGCUGUUGGCGAUGCGUUCACUCCAGUGGUGCUGACUCCCUCGCCCCUCACGCACACUGCAGUGAUGUUUGGCACCGACACUGAUGUCGGCACGUUCGCCGGCAAUCUGAGCCGCAUUCUCUUUGGCGCCGCCACGCCGCUCAUUCCCGGGCGCCGCCUGCACUGGGGAGAUGAGCCACACCUUUGCUUUGGAGAGGUCAUCUUCCCUCUUCACACCGCCUAUUCCACGAACGCCACAGAGUAUGUGAGGAGGAAAGCGUAUGCCUGGGCUGACGCCCGACUCACUGCCGCCGUCACUGGCGCCCCUGCCGAUGAUACCGGUGAUGCUGGUGGUGCUGCCACUGGUGCUGAUGCUGGUGCUGAUGCUGGUGGGGAGGAGGAAGCAGACUCAGAAGAUGGAGAGGAGGCAGGGCAGCGGCUGCAGCAGUGGAGGGAAGCGGAGGAGAAGCGCAGAGAAGAGCAGCUGUCCAAGCUGCCUUCUCCAUUGCAGGUGACAUGGCUGUACCGGUCGAAUCGCCGCACGAUCACGAACGUGGGAGACGUGCUGCAGCUGCUCACAGCACACUUCCGCAUGCCCAUCCACAUCAUCGAACUCUCAGAAUCCACUCCGUUCGACCAGGUGGUUCACACGAUGCGCCACACGGCCUUUGCCAUUGGAAUGCACGGCUCUGCCCUUGCCAACCUCAUCUUCCUCCCCUCAGGGGCCUCCUGCCUCGAGCUCAUCCCCUACAAGUACCGCUACUUCCCCUACCUCUCCAUCGCCCCUCUUUUCAACAUCAACUACCACCAGUGGACCAACGAAAAGCGCGAAUUCGCGUCGUUUGAUGACGGGUGUUUUGAGGGGAAAUGGGCGAAGCUGAGUCCGUCAGACUGCUGGAAGUUAAAGCCGUGUUUGCGCUGUGUGCGGGACCAUGCGCGCACGCAUGUGGAUCCCGAGAGCAUUGGGCCUGUGCUGGCUGAUAUUGGACGCGAAGUGCGCAUAUGGAUUGGCAUGUAUGGCUUGCCCGGUUCCUGA